AUGGAAGACGAGACGGUGGCGCAGCCACCGAGCGUGAAGGACUUGCGUGCUAUGUUUGAAUCGAACGGUGCAUCUACAGAGAAGAGCACAAGCUCUACGACCAAGCCGCGCGUUCGCCCAAAACCCAGCAGCAUUCGCACGUCGUCCACAUCGACAGAGUCGCAUGAGGCUACAGUCGCCUCGCCGACGCCAUCGACAUCUUCCCCAUCGCCUGCAUUGCCUACGAAAAGUACGAAGGAGGCAGAGCCUGACACACUCACCUCUUCCCCCAUUGAUGCUUCUCUCCCUGCAGCAUCCUCUAUACCCUUGGAAAACUCUCAACCAGACAGCAAGAAACCGCCUGUGGGGAUGAAGCCUGAGUCUCACGUUAGCUCUCCAUCUACGUCGGUUCUUGAAGGUCAAGCAAGUCAGCCACAGACCGAUUCUCCUCGCCUUGAGAGUCCAUCGACAACCAAACCUGUGGCCCCGCCACGUCCCCGCCGUGAUAGUGGCAAGCCGAGUCUGCCGUCCAGUGCUGUUGUGGUUCCCAACGAGAUGGACGUCCAUCCGCCCCUUCCACCCCGCAGAACAGCCAGCCCUGAGAAGGCCGUCGCCCCACCGCUUACGCCUCCAACGCGUCGUGCUGCCCCACCUCGGCCAGCGGCCAAAAGCAUGCAUGCCGUGCCCGAGAGGUAUACACGAUGUUUCCAACAAUACUGUACGUCAUCAUCUGGUACAGAGCCCAUGGUGCGAUGCGAUGUCGUGCGUGUGGUCUGGCUACGGAGCCGCCUGCCCUCCACUGAAUUAGCAGCGGUAUGGCAGUCGGUGGCUGGCACAGAUCCAGCCUGUGAAGGUCUCACGGAGUCGCAAUUUACGAUGGGACUCCGCCUGAUCGAUGCUAAACUUCGGCGUCUCCAACUUGACCCGAAUGCGAGCGCUGAGGCUCGUAUGCCCCCACCGGCUUUGCCAUCGCGUCCUAGUAGUCGUCCAGUGCCUACGUAG